AUGCUGCCAUCCAACAAGAGAACCUGUUCUCAUGAGUUCACCAAUUUCUCUGACAAUGACAACUCUAACAACUCUCCACACUCUUUCAUCAAACGAACAAAGUGUGACUUUAUAUCGGAAGACCUUGACAUUGUUCCUUGUUCGUGUCAUGUCGUCUUUCUCGAUCCAUUACCAUCCACCUCUCUACUACAUUUAACAGAAUCAUCAUCAAUGAAUCAUAAUGUUGAAUCGCUCCAUGACUGUCAUUAUUAUUCAUCAGAGACGAUUGAAUAUUUGAAAAAUAAUGGAGUGGAAUUUUAUGAAAAACUUUGUCAUCGGUUGAGACAAGAACGAUUGUGUCCUUUUUCUGGAAACUUUUCAAUUAUUCAAUCAUUGGGUGUUUAUAGAACUAUGGGAAAUGCUGAUCAUUUAUUGAAUCGUCCAUUUGAUGUGAAAAUUUCACAUCAUUGCUCAUGCAUUGCAGUUUCUGAUUAUGAUAACAAACGAGUGGUUCUGUUUGAUUAUUUGACCAAAAAUUAUAAAGGUCAAAUCAAUGUUGGAACGUGUCCUUAUUAUUUGGCCAUUGAGAAACAUGAUCCAUUGUUAGGUUAUGGUUGCGACUCGCUUUAUGUUUCAUGUGGAAAGUUUGUUAAAAAGUUUGACUUGUUUCGAGCCAUUCGCAUGUCUGUCUUCAAGAACAAACACUUGUCUCGAGCCAUGUGGAUAUCAGAGGAUAAUGAAUUGAAAGUAGCAUGUGGAAUGCAUGUCUAUUAUUCCCAAACGAAUCAAAAAGGAAGUAAUUUCAAAAAUGGAAAUUCCACCAACUAUCUCAUUGUGAGCGAUAUUGGUCGUUCAAAUUUGAAAUUCUUGCGUUGUGAUGAUGGAUCUGCUAUUUUAUCUAUUUCUUCACAAAAUAUUGGAACCAUCUUUUCUCCAUGGAUGAUUGUGGUCGAUCCAGAAAGUUCUCUGUUAUAUGUGAGCGAAUUGCACCAUUCUGUGAAAAUUCUCAAAAUGGAAUCGUUCGAAGAAAACCACGAAAAGACAACAUUCACACUCGUCGAAUGCUUUGGAGAGAAUGAAUUGAACAAGAUUGCUUUGAAAAAUCCAUGCGGAAUGGUCUUGGAUCGAAUUUCAAAGAAGAUCAUCCUCGCGAAUCGAAAUGCAAAUUCUCUCAUGGUAUUGACACGUCCAAGUGAUAAGACCUUCUUUGAAAUGGAAUAUCAAGACCAUUCUUUGAAAUUUCAACAACCCAGAGGUCUUUGUUUCGACGAACGAACAGGAUUACUCUAUCUCGUGGAUUGCUCCAAUCAUCAAGUUCAUAUCAUUUCUUAA